GACUCUGUGAGUGGAGGAGAAAAGGGGGAGGGAGAUCUCACACAAACACACCCAUGCAUUCAGACACUUAAUGCUGUUGUAACAGGACGAAACUGUGAUCAUGAUGCAGUGAGAGGGUUCUGAAUGAAAAGAGUAGAGUCUGAAGAAGAGAGUGUACGUCCACCUCGAUCUCCUCAUCAUGUCGCUGCUCACGCACGUGCUGGCCUGUCUGUUUGGUAUGGGCUCCUGGGUGGCCAUCAAUGGGAUGUGGGUGGAGCUCCCUCUGAUUGUUCCAGGGAUCCCAGAGGGCUGGUACCUGCCGUCAUACCUCACGGUCAUCAUCCAGAUGGCCAACAUCGGUCCUCUUUUUAUCACCCUGAUGCACCGCUUCCGUCCAGGGGCACUGGAUGAGCGGCCGGUCAUCUACUGCAUUGUGGUGUUGGGGAUCAUUGCUACAUUCCUGCUGGCUUUCUUCUGGAGGGACACAGUGACAAUAGCGGGCUCUUUGCACAGUGUUCCCCUGCUGGUCUUAAGCUUCCUGGUCUCUGUCGUAGACUGCACCUCCUCCGUUACCUUUCUGCCUUUCAUGAUGCGGUUGGGUCCACAGUACCUCACAACAUACUUUGCAGGCGAGGGCCUCAGCGGUCUGGUGCCUGCUAUUGUGGCUUUGAUUCAAGGUGUUGGUGUUGUCCAAUGUCAAAAUGCUAACAACACAUCUGAUAAUGUCACUGCGGUUGAAGGUGCUGAGCUAGAGGCCAUCUACCUGCCCGCUAAAUUCUCUGCUCAGGUCUUCUUCAUAUUCCUCAGCGCUAUGAUGGCUGUGUCGCUGGUAGCCUUCAUCCUACUCAACCAUCACCCAGCUGUGGCUCGGGAGAGGAAGAAUGACCUCUACUUCAGUGGGGAUCUGAGUACGGGGAAAAGAGAACAAGGUCUGUCUCUGCAUGCUCAGACCCCAGAACAGAAGCCAAUGAUCAGUCCCCUGGACGCAGUCAGGAGGGAACCCAGGAGCUCUUUUGGAAGUGGUACAUACAGCAAGCUUGAGGUGAUCUUCAUCUUUGUUGUGUUGGCCUGGGUCAACGCUCUGACCAACGCAGUGCUGCCCUCAGUGCAGUCCUACUCCUGUCUGCCUUAUGGGAACAAGGCCUACCACCUGGCAGCCACCAUGGCAGCUGUUGCUAACCCAGUCGCCUGCUUCAUAGCCAUGUUUAUACCAAUUAGGUCUCUCAUCUUCAUGGGUUUCAUGACCAUGUUUGGGACUGGAUUUGGAGCCUACAACAUGGCCAUGGCUGCUCUUAGUCCCUGUCCACUGCUGGUGCACAGUGUCUCUGGAACUGUAGUCAUAGUGCUGACCUGGAUCCUGUUUGUCCUGUCCCUAUCCUACGUGAAGGUCAUCAUUGGAGUGAUUCUGCGGGAUGAGGGCCACAGUGCCCUGGUGUGGUGUGGGUCAGUAGUGCAGUUGGGCUCCAUGGUUGGGGCCAUAUCCAUGUUUCCGUUGGUCAGUGUCUAUGGACUUUUUAAGUCAGGUGAUCCUUGCAACACCACAUGCUCAAUGUAGAAACUAGAUAUGUUGAAAGUUAGCAUUGCUGUACAACACUGAAACACAAAGAGCAAUUUAGUGAUGUUUAACUUACUCACAUAAGCGUUACAUACUCCAACCUUUAUAACUUAUGUUACAGGUAGUCCGACUUUAACUCAGAGUGUAUCACAACCAUGAUGUGUUUCUACAUAGAUGUCUGUAUUUAUUGACUUUUACAGGGAGUUCUACACAUAGCUGAAAUGACAGUAAGAUUGUCAUUGUCUCAGCCUACAGACCAAAUGAAUAGUACUAUAAUAUGUAAUAGUAAACACUACUGAGCACUACUUCAAAGCAAUUGUAUUUGAACAGCUGUGAAAGUGUAACACAUUGAUGUUGCUUUUAACAUGUACCUUGACUUGAGAUUUUUUGUGGUUUAACAUAACUUGCUUUGUUCAUUUUACGAGAGUUUACGAAAAAAAAGAAACCUGUUUAACUAUGCCAAAUAAAACCUUUUGUUUUUA